AUGGGCGCGCCGAUCAGCCGGAACAUGUGCUGCAGCAUCCGCGACAAGGAUGGAUUCGGCAAAGCCUUUGCACAAAGUCCACAUUUCAACUGCAGUGAGGUGGAGCUCCCCCUGGAGUCGCCCUCGUUGGUCGCUUUCUCACCGCUGUGGGCCAUGGGCACACGGCGCUUGGCUGUGGCCAAUGCCCACACUGUCCAUAUCUAUCGAAUGUCCGACAGUGGAAAGUUUGAAAUGCCCACCCUGGAAAGCACCCUAGAGAUGGAGGACGGCUUCGUGAUAACUGCGCUCAUCUUCCGUGAUGAGGACACCGCACGGGCGUUCGUCAUCGCCUCCAAGCCCGAGAAUCGAGCACGAGGCGUCAACAUCAAGAUCUGGCCUGGACCCAAGAAUUCUCACCGAGGAUUGCUCCAAGAGCCCUGCAGCGAGAGGGUUUCAUCGCCUCCCUUGAGGAACACGUCGCACCUGUCACUCACCUAG